AUGAAGAAAAGGGCAGUUCAAAUUUUAGAAAAAAAUUUGGGAAAAGAAAGAAAAGCUACAAUGGGAAUUGGAUUAUUAUUUCUUUUGUUGUCAACUGCUACAAUUUCGGACGCAAUUAUUGCUUUAAUACAAAAGAAGAAACCCGAGACAGCAGUAACAGUGUUAAUUAUUUCUAGCGUAUCAUUAUCAUUUAUGGGAUUUCUUUGGUUAUCUAAAAAAUAUCUUGCUAAAAAGUUAGAUUCUUCUAUGAUGCCUUCUGAAGCUCAAUGUUCUUUGGCUUGUAUUAAAAUCACUUUAAAGGCUGAUGGAGCUGCCAUCGAUCUGUUUGCUAAGGAAGGGACUGAUAUGAUCAUGUGGGCAAGAGCUAAUCAAGAAAGUAAUCAAGAAAAGAGAUGUGAUUGUUGUUCCGACAAUAAAGUUUGUGAAACUUCUCAUUGCGCUAACGAGGCUGAUUAUAAUGAAACGACCUUAUAA